AUGGCGGAGCCACUGCUGACACCCGGAGGGUCACGGCGCGAUGACGGCCCCGCCGAGGAGGGCCCCAUCUCGGUCACGCCCUCGGACGGAGACCAAGGAGGCGAGACGAAGAUGUGCAACUUCCAGGUGUGCGGGAACACGUUCGAGGUGCAGGCGAGGUACGCGCCCAUCAAACCCAUCGGGAAGGGCGCCUACGGCGUCGUGUGCAGCGCGCGCAACGUCGACACCGACGAGAAGGUGGCGAUAAAAAAGAUCGCCAACGCGUUCGAGAACGCGGUGGACGCCAAGCGCACGCUGCGAGAGAUGAAGCUACUCCGCCAUCUGAAGCACGAGAACGUCAUUCGCAUCGUGGACGUGGUCAGGCCCAAGAAGUCCGUCAAAGACUACAACGAUGUCUACGUCAUGUACGAGCUCAUGGACACCGACCUGCAUCAGAUCAUCCGGUCAAACCAACCCCUGAGCGACGACCACUGCCAGUACUUCAUAUACCAGCUACUCCGCGGGUUGAAGUACGUGCACAGCGCGAACGUGCUGCACCGAGACUUGAAACCGAGCAACCUGCUCUUAAACGCCAACUGCGACUUGAAGAUUUGCGACUUUGGCCUGGCGAGGACGGGGAGGGAGACUGAGUUCAUGACGGAGUACGUCGUCACGCGGUGGUACCGAGCGCCCGAGCUGCUCUUAAGUUGCAGCGAGUACACGAGCGCGAUCGACGUGUGGAGCGUGGGUUGCAUAUUCGCCGAGCUACUGGGCCGUAAGCCGCUGUUCCCUGGAAAGGAUUACGUGCACCAGCUGAACCUGAUCGCUCGCGUCAUCGGGUCGCCCAGCGAGGAGGAGAUGGAGUUCAUCACGAGCGACAAGGCGCGGCGGUACAUCCGGAGCCUUCCGCGGACGCCGCGCGUCGACUUCCAGAAGGUGUACCCCGAAGCCGAGCCCGACGCCGUCGACUUGAUCGACAAGAUGCUCGUGUUCGACCCGGCGUCGCGGAUCACGGUGGAGGAGGCGCUGUCGCAUCCGUAUCUCGCGUCUCUGCACGACGUCAGCGACGAGCCAUCCGCGUCGGGGCCCUUCGAGUUUAGCUUCGAGGGCGAGGCGAUGACGGAGGAGAGGGUGCGGGAGCUGGUGCACGCGGAGCUCACGGAGUACCACGACGAGAUACGCAGGGAGGAGGAGGAGAGGGCGGCGUCGAGGGGGGGGCGGGGCGGGGUCGGCGAGGACAAAGCCGAACUGGGCGAGGAGGCGCCGUAA